GGCCGAUACUUCGACUGUUGCUACUUUUAAUAUCAACACCCUCUACCAUGAUACUGUUUAAUUAAAAGACCCAAUUGAGCCUUUCCAGAAAAUCGCAACAUGCCAGAAGUAAUUGACGACAAAUCGCAGCAUUGCAUUCCCUUUCUUCUCAACCGCCUCAAAGCCCACCAGGCUCGCUACGCAAGCGAUCCCGACGCGCCACCAUUCUUCCUCGGGUUGAAUGGCGUGCAAGGCGCCGGCAAGACUGUCCUGGUCUCGGAACUACAGAAAGCCCUGCGCUCGCCGCAAUAUUCUCUCUCCACAGUCAUCUUCUCUUUGGACGAUAUUUAUCUCACUCAUGCAGAUCAACUUGCGCUUGCCAAAUCCCACCCAAACAAUCCAUUACUCCAGCACCGAGGCCAGCCCUCAACCCAUGACCUGCGGCUCGGAAAGCGCGUCUUCGAAUCGCUGCGUGCCAACAGGCCAACUGCAAUCCCGCAGUACGACAAAUCCGCGUUUGCGGGUCAAGGCGACCGAGUUCCAGAAGCACAAUGGGAGGUUGUCAAUACCGAAGGGAGCGAGACAAUAAAAGUCGUUAUAUUUGAGGGAUGGUGCGUUGGGUUUCGGCCAUUAGAUGAUGAUGUUUUGAGACAGAAAUGGAAUGCUGCGGUGGAACAGAAAGUGCAGAGUGGCAGUGGGUACGACGGCCGAUUGGGAUAUGUGAAGCUUGAGGAUGUGCAAGUGAUCAACGACGCUUUGAGGGAGUAUGACGGAUUGACCGACCAACUCGACACCUUAAUUCACAUCGAUGCCCAAAAUACUCGAUUUGUAUAUGACUGGCGACAGGAACAAGAAAGAACACUGCGCGCCGCUAAAGGAACGGGAAUGACCGAAGAGCAAGUGAAUCGCUUUGUCGACGGGUAUUACCCUUCAUAUGAACUAUUCACGGAAACCUUGCGAAAAGGCGUGUUUGCGUCAGAAACCAUCGCAACAUCCAAAUCGUCGGAUUGGCAGGGUCGACAACUUAGGCUCGUUGUCGACAAGAACCGCCGAGUCCAAGAAGUUAUUCAAAUAUAAAGCGGGUCUAAAAUGACAGUCUAAAUGUGACAAUGCAUACAAUAUUCCUUAUAAUUAGAGCAGUUAUGGGU